AUGAUUGAUGUAGAGGCGGUGGCACUUGGGAAAAAAAUUUAUCUUACUUUUGUGUAUGGAGAACCGGUGCAAAAAUUGAGGGAACAAGUGUGGGAACGGUUGACGAGGUAUGGGUUAUCGAGAACAGAGCCUUGGUUCAUUAUUGGAGAUUUCAACGAGAUUACCGGAAAUCAUGAAAAAGAUGGAGGUUUUUUAAGAAGCGCAAGUUCUUUUGUCCCCUUCAAUGAUAUGAUUAGAAACUGUGGUUUGUUGGAGUUUCCAGCUCGGGGAAACACUUUUUCAUGGAAGGGGAGAAGGGGAAAAGGAAAGGGGGCAGUAACGAUCAGAUGUCGGCUAGAUCGGGCUCUAGCGAAUGAAGAUUGGCACACGCUUUUUCCCUGUUCUUAUACGGAGUACCUAGGGAUGGUAGCGUCUGACCAUCGGCCAGUGGUCGCUUUUUUGGAAGAUAAAGUCUACCGUAGACGAGGGCAGUUUAGGUUUGAUAAACGUUGGAUUGGACAGGAUGGCCUCAUGGAAUCGAUUGCCUCAGGCUGGCUGGAAAAUAAUGAAGGACGAACAGGGGAUGUUGUUUCAAAGAUUAGUAAUUCUCGACAUGAAAUUGCAGCAUGGCGAAAAAAUAACCCUCCUUAUGGAAAGGACAAAAUUCAGGGGCUCCAAAAAGCAUUGGAAGAGGUCCAAUCGGAUAAUAAUAGAACGCAAGAGGAGAUUUUGGAAGUAUCUAGGAAGUUGCAAGAGGCUUAUAAGGAUGAGGAGGAGUAUUGGCACCAAAAGAGUCGGAAUACGUGGUAUUCAUGUGGAGACCUAAAUACUAAAUUCUAUCAUGCUUUAACAAAACAAAGACGGGUUCGAAAUAGAAUUGUGGGUCUUCACGAUGAAACUGGUAAUUGGAUAACGGAAGAAAAUGGUGUAGAAAAGGUGGCGGUGGACUAUUUUGAAGAUUUGUUUACUACUACUUCUCCUUCAGACUUUAACAGUUUUCCGGAGGAAAUAAUUCCGUCUAUUACUCCACAGAUGAAUAAUGGGCUGCUGAGGCCAGCAACGGAGGAGGAGGUUCGUCAGGCUUUGUUCCUGAUGCAUCCGGAAAAAGCCCCAGGACCGGAUGGAAUGACGGCACUUUUUUUCCAACAUGCAUGGCAUAUCAUCAAAACUGAUUUGGUUGCAAUGGUGAAUAAUUUUUUGAUCACAGGAGACAUGGAUUCAAGGGUACAAGAUUAUUUCGAAGGUUUUAUGUCAGCGGUUGAAAUUAUGCCUCCCACGGUUAAUAUCGGAGACACAAUCAGCAUUUGUACCAGGAAGCCUCGUGGACAUAUAGUUCCUCAAAGAGGUUUACGGCAGGGGGAUCCCUUAUCCCCUUAUCUAUUUAUCAUGUGUACUGAGGCUUUGAUUGCUAAUAUUAAGAAGGCUGAAAGAGGAUAUCAUUUCACUGGAAUGAAGGUGGCAAGAGCUUGUCCUUCAAUCUCUCAUUUGUUGUUCGUAGAUGAUAGUCUCUUCUUCUGUAAGGCACAUAAGGAAGAAUGUCAUACUAUUCUUAGGAUUCUGAAGGAAUAUGAGGUGGUCUCGGGGCAACUGAUUAAUUUUCAGAAAUCUUCGAUUCAAUUUGGACAUAAGAUUGAGGAGUCCACUAGACAGGAAUUGAGAGACAUCCUUGGGAUACAGAAUUUAGGAGGGAUGGGAUCAUAUUUGGGUCUGCCGGAGAGUCUUUGGGGAUCCAAGAUACAGGUUUUUGGUUUUGUCCAGGACCGUUUGAAUAACAGGGUGAAUGGGUGGACGUUUAAGUUUUUUUCAAAAGGUGGAAAGGAAGUUAUCAUUAAAUCAGUAGUCACGGCUUUGCCUAACCAUGUGAUGUCUGUUUAUCGGCUACCAAAAGCAACGGUAAAGAAAUUGACGAGUGCAGUAUCAAAAUUUUGGUGGAGCCCAGGGGGAAAUACAAGGGGUAUGCACUGGAAGUCAUGGGACAAAGUAUGUACAAACAAAGACGAAGGAGGUCUAGGCUUUAAGGACAUAACGGAUUUUAAUACAGCUAUGCUUGGAAAGCAAUUGUGGAGGCUGAUAGAGAAGCCUUCAACUCUUUUUGCUAGAGUUUUUAAAGGACGGAUAUCAGCUGGAACGGGUCUAUCCGGACAAGGCAAAACCACCAGCUUUUUAUGGUCCCACAGUGGAUACUCUAAAAGCUUUCUGUUGGGAGGUGAGAUGUCCUCCGAAGCUUAA